UUUUUUUUUUUUUAAAUAGAGUUUGGAAUGUGGCAAAGAUAGGAUUGAUGUAUAGGUAUGCACCAUGUGAAUGGUGUUGGGCUCUGGGUGUGUUUUUUGGUCACAUGUUGGAGCCAUGCUUAGAGUUUGAGAGAGUUGAAUAUCAAGUUUGGAUUGUUUGAUGGUGUUACACAAUAAUUUGAAUGACAUUAGUGUGAUGGAAUUGAUCCGCUGAGAUCCGAUAGCACUGUACGACAAUGUACUGUGCCUCGCAUAUUGACGUUUCAUUUCUUUCCUUCCCUUUCCUUUCCCUUGUCUGUUGGCAAACAUGGUAUAGUUGUGCUCCGUUUACUUAACUCUUGAGUAGGGCCAAAGUCAACUAAACGCCAAAAUAUCAUAGCAAUUAGCGAAGGGGAAACAGAACAUCAACGACAUGUCGUCACAACUCAAGAGGCAAACACAAUAAUUUAAAUUCCCCAAAAAACGUUCUAGCCUUCUAGGGUUCUUGUCAGCAGCGGUUCCUAAUUCCCGCACCAAAUCAAUGAAACUUGCAGGCCUAAAAUCCGUAGAGAACGCGCACGACGAGUCUGUAUGGGCUGCCACGUGGGUCCCUGCCACCACCACCCGACCAGCGCUUCUUCUCACCGGAUCGCUUGACGAGACUGUCAAGCUUUGGAAGCCCGACGAGCUUAACCUUGAGCGCACCAACACCGGACACUGCCUCGGUGUCGUCGCCGUGGCUGCACAUCCCUCAGGCGUCAUCGCUGCGUCUGCGUCGCUUGAUAGCUUCGUUCGAGUCUUCGAUGUCGAUACUAAUGCUAGCAUUGCGACUCUCGAAGCUCCACCGUCGGAAGUGUGGCAAAUGCGGUUUGAUCCCAAGGGUACCACUCUUGCAGUUGCUGGCGGAGGUAGUGCAUCAGUCAAGCUUUGGGACACUGCUACAUGGAAACUGAUUGCCUCCCUAUCUAUUCCUCGUCCAGAAGGACCCAAGCCUUCAGAUAAGAAUAGCAGUAAGAAGUUUGUCUUGUCAGUUGCAUGGAGUCCUGAUGGGAAAAGGCUUGCUUGUGGCUCGAUGGAUGGCACUAUUUCUGUUUUUGAUGUAGCUCGAGCAAAAUUUCUACAUCAUCUGGAAGGUCAUUUCAUGCCUGUGCGCUCUCUUGUGUAUUCUCCUAUAGAUCCUCGGGUGCUCUUCUCUGGAUCAGAUGAUGCUCAUGUGCACAUGUAUGAUGCCGAGGGGAAAAGCCUGGUUACAGCAAUGUCAGGUCAUGCAAGCUGGGUAUUAAGUGUUGAUGCAAGCCCUGAUGGGGCUGCUAUUGCAACAGGCUCAAGUGAUAGAACCGUGAGGCUAUGGGAUCUCAACAUGAGGGCUGCUGUGCAGACAAUGAGUAAUCAUGCAGACCAGGUCUGGGGAGUGGCAUUUCGGCCACCUGGAGGGACUGUUGUCCGUGCUGGUCGGCUAGCUAGUGUAUCAGAUGACAAAAGUAUAUCACUCUAUGAUUACUCCUGAGCAUACAUGGUAUGUUGGGUGUAAAAGCAUCAAGCACCUGUUUCUGUUACAACUUACAAGAUUCACUGCUGCUUUUUUUGUUAUUUAUCAAACUGAACUCAGAGAAAUGUUUGGUUGUUGAUUCUUUUAUCUUACAUUUAAUUUGUCUUUGCUUGA